AUGGCUUUGUUUUCUAAGGCCAUCUCUGCUGUCUAUAAUGCUCCAAAAAAUAUCCCACAUAUUCAGCUUACACCUAAGCCCUCUUCUCAAAAAUGGAGCACUGCCCAAGAUCAUGGCUUGCUUUCAACUCCCUUGCACCUAUUAACCGACUCCAAAACUAACUAUGCUAAUACAAUUACUAGGGAGGAUGAUGACAUUUGUUUCCUACAUGCACUAAAGCUGGACGUGUUCAGGCAUGUACUGAGAAAACUAGGAGAAGAAGCAGUUGAGGGUUUGAACAUGAUCGAUGCUGUUCAACGGCUGGGUAUUGAUCACCACUUUCAAGAAGAGAUUGACCAAAUUCUUCAACAACAGCAUUUGAUCAUCACCUCCGGCAGUGCUCAUGGAGCUGAUCAUCACAGUGAUCUUCAUGAGGUGGCAGUUCGCUUUCGACUGCUCAGACAACAGGGUUACUUCGUGCCUGAUGAUGUGUUCAAAAAAUUCAAAGAAAGCGAUGGAAGCUUCAAGCAAAUGUUGAGUGAAGACAUUAAGGGAUUGAUGAGUUUAUACGAAGCUUCACAGCUAAGUAUAGAAGGAGAAGAUACACUUGACGAAGCUGGAAAAUUUAGUUGGCAUCUCCUAAAUACAUCCCUGUCACAUCUUGAUCAUCACCAAGCUAGAGUUGUUGGAAACACAUUGUCCAAUCCCCAUCACAAAAGUUUGGCCACAUUCAUGGCCAAGAACUUUUUCUCUACUAAUUCCCGAGGCACGAAUAAUCGAUGGUUAAAUAUCUUACAGGAAGUGGCCAAAACAGAAUUUAGUAUGGUCCGGUCCCUACACCAGAAGGAAAUUGUUCAAAUUUCCAAGUGGUGGAAAGAGCUGGGAUUGGCUAAGGAAUUGAAGUUUGCCAGAGACCAACCAGUUAAAUGGUACAUAUGGUCCAUGGCAUGCCUAGCAGAUCCAAACUUGUCAGAGGAGAGGGUUGAGCUCACAAAACCCAUAUCAUUCAUCUAUUUGAUUGAUGACAUUUUUGAUGUUUACGGGACGCUUGACGAGCUCAUUCUCUUCACAGAGGCUGUCAAAAGAUGGGAAAUUGGUGAUAUAGAGCACCUACCCGACUACAUGAAAAUAUGCUUCAAGGCUCUUCACGAUAUGACGAAUGAAAUCAGCAGCAAGGUCUAUCAGAAGCACGGCUGGAACCCGUUACACUCUCUAAGAAAAACGUGGGGGAGUCUGUGCACUGCAUUUUUAGUAGAAGCAAAAUGGUUUAAGUCUGGGCAUUUGCCCAAAGCAGAAGACUACUUAAAGAAUGGGAUUGUUUCUUCUGGGGUGAAUGUGGUGAUGGUCCACAUUUUCUUUCUCUUGGGUCAAGGCAUAACCAAACAAAGUGUGGAGCUGUUGGAUGAAACUCCAGCUAUCAUAUCUUCUGCAGCAGCAAUUCUUCGGCUCUGGGACGACUUGGGAAGUGCAGAGGAUGAGAAUCAAGAUGGGCACGACGGCUCAUACAUACGGUGCUACUUAAACGAUCACCAGGGCUGUUCGAUUGAGGACGCACAAGAAAUUACUACUAAUUUGAUUUCAGAAGAAUGGAAGCGCCUGAACAAAGAAUUGGUGUCUCCUAAUCCGUUUCCAGUCGCAUUCACCAACGCUUCCCUUAAUCUUGCAAGAAUGGUGCCAUUGAUGUAUAGCUACGAUCAAAACCAACGUCUUCCCUCGCUUGAGGAGUAUAUGAGAUCGAUGCUGUGUGAAACUGAAUCUGUGUAA